AGCUCCUCGCUUCUUCACUCGCCGCUCUCUCUCUCCUCCGAAUUAGGGUUUCAUCUCUCCUCGAUUUCACCGACGAUGGCGGAAGUGGAAGCUGACGUGGCGGCGGCCGGAGUGCCGAAGAAGAGGACGUUCAAGAAGUUCAGCUUCAGAGGAGUGGAUUUGGAUGCUCUUCUGGACAUGUCCACUGAUGAGCUCGUUAAGCUCUUCCCUGCUAGGGCUCGUAGAAGGUUUCAGAGGGGUUUGAAGAGGAAGCCAAUGGCGUUGAUCAAGAAGCUGCGCAAGGCUAAAAGGGAGGCCCCACCUGGUGAAAAGCCAGAGCCUGUUAGGACUCACCUUCGCAACAUGAUCAUUGUUCCUGAAAUGAUUGGUAGCAUCAUUGGAGUGUACAAUGGCAAGACCUUCAACCAGGUUGAGAUCAAGCCUGAGAUGAUCAGCCAUUAUCUUGCUGAGUUCUCUAUCAGUUACAAGCCUGUCAAGCACGGAAGGCCUGGUAUUGGUGCUACCCACUCUUCCAGGUUCAUUCCCCUCAAGUGAAGUUUCUACAUCAUUGAUGUUCAGAGAGUUGAGAGGACUUUAUUUGAGUAUGAAUUUCAAUUUCCCGUCAGACAUUUUUGCUGAAAGUUCUAUUAUUAUGUAAACAAUGACAAAGCCGACUGGUUUCUAGGAUCUUAUUUUAAGUAAUUCUUAUUGCAAUCAAGUUUAUGACUUAUGAG